UGUUGUUUUAAUGGUUUCAGGUUAUUCCGCGGUCUCGUCAAUGAAUUUUCUUUUGUGCUAGUAAAACCGAAUCUCGCAAAAUUCAGUUGCUGUUCGAAAAGCGAAUGUUCCUUCUGUGAUUCUGUAUAAUUCAGCUUUAACAAGACAGCUUUCACGGGUGAUUUUCCGAAAGCGUUGCGGAGUGAUUGGCUCCUUCGAACCCUAGUGUUCGAGGAUUUCUCGUGGACAUUAUUGGUGUUUUGUACGAAAGUGGUGGAGAAGGGGGGGGAUUAAUCCGUGAAUCUGUUGAAGCUAUUCAGCGCAUUCGAUCUUCAGGAGAACAGUACCUGUGAAAUUUGUGAGCAACGAAACCCAGACGUCGAGGAUUGGAAUCGUGAAGAAGCUACAGCCUCGUUUCGACCUGUGCGUGGACGACAUCAUCACGCUGUGUCCAGCAGUAGUUGCCGCCCUCAUUGAAGGUCAUCUGAGGCCUCAUUUGGUCAUCCAUCCUGACGCCCUUGCCGAGUUUGAUGGGAUCAACACCCGGGAACCCAA